GUCACAGCUUUUUCAGCUGAGCUAUUUCAGCAAUAAGGAGAUUCAGCAGCAACUGUGAAACAGCACAGACAUCAUCAUGAGGAGUGUGUUUGUUUUCUUGCUUUUGAUAACUGUGGCCAGUGCUAAAGUCUUUGAGCGCUGUGACUGGGCCAAAAAGCUGAAGGAAAACGGGAUGGAUGGCUAUCGUGGUGUCAGCCUGGCUAACUGGGUUUGCCUGACCGAACAUGAGUCAAACUAUAACACAAAGGCAACAAAUCGUAACGCUAAUGGAUCCACUGACUUCGGCAUCUUUCAGAUAAAUAGCCGCUGGUGGUGCAAUGACGGUCGCAUUAAUUCAGCAAAUGGAUGCAACAUUGAGUGCGACGUGCUUUUGAGAGAUGAUGUCACCUCUGCGAUCAAUUGUGCCAAACGCAUCGUUAGGCAACAAGGCAUCACAGCCUGGGUUGCCUGGCGCAAUCGCUGUCAGGGCAAGGAUCUCAGGCCCUAUUUGUCCGGAUGUCGUCUUUAAUCAACACAUAAACAGAAGGGUGUCAUCGACAUAAUAAAUUGUCUCCAUCCUCCUCUGUUUCUACUUUUAAAGGAAAACAUUUAGGG